UGGAUAUCCUGCGUCGCCUGCUGCGGCUCUCCAGAAGCUUUCCUGCUACCUUCCGGCUUCUUGCUCUUCGGCCAUAGUCCAUCUUUGCGGCACCAAACAGGCUUUCUCACCUACCCUGUGGACCAUCCUUACCCCGUGGCCUCAGAUAUCACCCACGUCCAUUAGCACAUCCAGUAUGGCGUCCGCCUCUUUCCGGGACUCGAUGAACUCGCUGGGAUGGAGUAGAAGGGACGCGGAGGUCCCCGUGAACACCUCGUCUCCCACCAUUCUGGGCCGACUUCAAAACAUGAACCCGUUUGGUUCGGGUGGCUAUGUCAGGCUUCCCACCACUGAGAAUCCCGGUGCUCCCCUACCGGCACCAACGCGGAGAGAAGAGGAAGAAGGGUGGUUUGCGCUUAGCCGGUGGGAUCGACUCCUCGUCUUUGGCGGCCUGCUUGUGUCCGCUUUAGCCAUGUUCGCAGUGUGCUUUGCGUUAAUGUUUACACCUGUUUUCAUCGUGAAGCCCAGGAAGUUCAGCAUCUUGUGGACGAUGGGCUCUGUCCUUUUCCUCUUAGCCUUUGCUGUUUUGAACGGUCCUAUACAAUAUGUCCAACAUCUCAUUUCUGGCCCAAGGCUGCCAUUUACGGCAGCUUAUUUUGGCAGUAUAGCUCUCACUCUGUAUUGUUCCCUUGGGCUCCACAGUACGAUCCUAACUUUUCUGGCGUCGCUCGUGCAGCUGAUUGCUCUUGUCUGGUAUCUUGUAUCAUAUUUCCCCAUGGGAUCAACAGGUUUACGGUUUGCUGCGCGCUUUGGUGGAAACCGUGUCUCCGCCUGGAUGAACGAUUAGGCAACGUCUCGCGAGACAAAGCACUGCAUCUUCACCGUGGAAGAGAGACCUGCGAUGGAUGGUGGUGGCUAUAUUCCUAUAGGUGUGGGCGACGCGUUACGCGUC